AUGGGUCGCAUGAAGUAUAUUGCUCGCAGAAAGAAGAGAACAGCCAAUUCUCCUUCUAACCAGCCUGCCCCUUACACCGAAGAGCCUUCUACAAAUCCCCAACCUAUAAAAAUUGUACCACCCAAAAUCCAAACUAAAGCCCGACCUCGCGACGGCCUUAGGCCAGGGGUUGAAUGGUACGUUGCGCCUCCUAGCAUCGUAUCAGCUAGGAUGGAUGUGAGGGAGUCUACAGUAGGAAAUGCUACUGGAGGAGAGAUCCCCGAGCAGCACCAGGAUGUGUCACAGCCUCCAAGAAGGCGGGCAACAGGAGUGACCAUCAGGGAACCUUCCAACAUCCCACGAGCUGCUACUAUUCUGACCCAACACGGGAAGGGCAAGCAGAAACUUCCAAAAUACACCGAGUCCAUACUCGAGUCUUCUGACGAGAAUGUCAUGAAUUCUAGAGAGGCAUUUGAUCGGUACAGCAAACCCAAAGCCAAGACUUCUGCGAGCAAGAGAAAAGAAAGCAGGCAGCACCCUGGGGAAAGUAGCAGCGACCCUUCCAAGAAAAGGGCUCGAACUAAGGGCCCUCCUACACCUGUACAUUCCAAGGAAACUACUCCUUCUCCAGCUCCCGUCAACCUGACUCCCCCAGCUCCUGUCGACCCGACUCCUCCAGCUCUUGUCAACCCAACGCCUCCUGAUUAG